GCAAUAUCGAUAAAAUGAUGCAACAUGAGCCACGACUGUCGCAAAUUGACGUAAUGUACGUGCUGCGGAGCCUGUCAGUUCUGAAGCGCCGUGGAGUGGUGCCGCGCUCAAAGCUCCAGGUACGAUGCACGCUGCAUGAACCACGUCCUGUUGCGAAGCACUCGUAGGAGUACAAAGACAUGCUCAUCGCACGCCAUCCUGCGUUGGUGGCGAUGGUCCAUGAGGCCGCCAGAGCAAAUCAAGAUCUAGCAGAGUAUCUCUUGGCCCAGUCGACUCGAGACGUCCCCGUCGUAGUGCCAACCCACGAGGCCGUCGCCAUCGAUGCUCUUGACGUAUCCAUCUUACGUGCACAGUUUGGCAUGGACGAAGCCGAGGCGAUCCGCGUAUUAGUAGAAAGUCGUGGAGACUUUGUCACGGCCAUCCUAGCAGUUGACGCAGCCCGCGACACAGAUUAACCGCAUUUAAUCACCAACAUAUUUCCCUUGACGGUGUUC